AUGAACAAACUUCUGCUCUCUUUUCUGGUCAUCUCAGUUGUUCUCGCUGUGUGCUGUGCACUGAGAGAACGGCGAGAGGUGCGUCAGGAUUCUAAUCGCCAAAAGCGUUCUAUCCGGGACAUGGUUCGUCGAGAGGCAAGACGCCUAGAUCUGUCCCGCAGAGAAUUUGCGCGUCGCGAUCUUACACGCCGGGAAUUAUUUCGACGCGAUCUCAGCCGUCGAGAUCUCACUCGCCAAGGUAACGGAUGGUGUUAUUUUAGUGAUCGUAGAAGAAACCUGUAAAAAAAAUCUGCUCUGUGUGUGACUUCGAGGCUCAGUAAGCAGUGGCGCCAAACAAAUAUCUGGGAGGAACGGGUUCGUAGUCGAAGCCUAAAUUUUUUUUCCAAAUUUUUUAUGCAGCUCACCCGCCAAGAUCAUUGCUUACUUGAUAGUAGCUUAAUUAGAUUUGACCAGUUUGGGCGUCUCAGUAGAUCUUUUACCACGUUCUGGUAAAACGCUGCUCUUCAGAACAACUGUGACCGUUGGUAAAUCACAAAAGGAUCAAAAAAAUUUGCUGUACCUUACGUGAUGUCUAUACUUCCUUGUAGUAAUAUAUCUGCAAGGAGAUCAUUUCGCGUUCCAACACCCUAGUUCCAAAAGAGCACCUCGUCCAGGCAUUUCAGCGAGUAACUGUUUGUAGUUAAACUAUUUUUUAUAAAGCACAAGCAGACUGAGUUGUCUGAAAGUGGCCUAAUAUCUUGCAAAAAUUGCUGACCCUUCAUCUUUAAAUCUUGAUAUCGUUCUUUAGCCCGCCGUCUUGGAGCAAACGAUUAUCAAGCAGUGCAUGCUCAGUUCCACGAGGAUGAAGGAGCAUUUGCAGGUACGAAAACUGAACUGAUAUCUUUUUGGCAGCUUUGGCUAUCUCAUUAACGACCAGCCAGCUGCUUCCUUUGGAAACCAGGGACAGGACUUGAAACAGAUUUUACCAAAAUUAAUAUGCACACAUCAUAAAAAGAUUAAGAUAACUGCUUUGAAUUGUUCUCAAUUGAGAUGGUCCGAAUGUCACUUAAUUAACGUUGAACUCAUUUCCGACCAUGUUUGAAAGAUAACGCUAACUAACAGUCACAUUUAAUUUCUUUGGACGACCCCAGGUGGACAAUGCGAAAUACUUUGUUCUGAACAUAACUUCUCUUUAGUUUACAAAUGCAAACAGUUCGUAUUUACUCGGUGGAAAUUAGUUCAAAUUUAUUUCUUUGUUCAUGUUAUGCACGGGCUCUUAUUUGCCUUAAAAGUUUACUUAUUUCGUAACAGAUUCUCGACAACAUAGUCUGAAGACUAAUCAUUAUUUGGUGUCGCGGGGGGGAAGUGGAUCAUGGGGGGGUCUCAUGGUUCUCAGGGAGAUAGGAGGGGGGAAAUUAGUCGUCACGGACAGAGUUUCAAGGGGAACUGAAGAAAAUCGACUGCCAACGUAGGGGGGUCAUUACAUUACUAAAGGCAGACUGCUGGGUUGGGGGGUGGGGUGGGCGUGGGUUGUGAGACUGGAGGUGGGGGUGGUGGUGAGCGCUACCUGUGAAUCAUAACACUUUGCUAUGGUUUUUGUUUUUCUUUCUCUUUGCUACUUAAAUUCAGAGACAGAUUGAGAGCAUUUUUCUCUGCCAAAUACAUCUGGGAAGCUUAGGUAAGGUAUUUUUAAUAGUCACGAGGUUUUAAGGCCAAAAAUACCCGUUAUCAUUUACAUUUAGAAAAACCUACGAGUGGGUAGGCACUGUAGGUUUGUCAAAUAACUAAUUUUCAAAACCUGAAAUGAUUCUUUUUUAUUGCGAUGCGAGGAAACUCAGCUCCAAAGAAAAUUUAUCUUGGAGGCGAAAGAAAUUGCUUAAAAUAAACAUCAAGAUACAAUUGAAAGUUCUUUAGAGAUUGUACGUUAUGCGAACUUCAAAUCUCGCAAAAUAGAACAGCCAGGCACUUUUUCACAGAUAUAUGAAAAAGUCUAUAAAUGAGUGAGAGGGCUCUCAGACUAACUGAACAAAUGAGCACGCUUUAGGGAGGGCUUUUCUCGUGCUAAUUUUAGAGGAUAAAGAGUUGUCUAUCCUAGAUCAUUAGUCCUAUUUUUCAUCAAUUUUGCUGACUUCUUAAAAGAUACUGAUUAACUAUGAUGGAAUAGUUAAAGACUUUUUGCUUUUUUCUCCACCUUCACCGUCGAAAUAAAACCAAACCAUUUUCUUCUUUACCUUUGUUCGUUACUUUUCUUUACUCCUUUAUUCAUUUCUUCUUCUUUUUCAGGUGAUGGUGCAUAGAACCAAGAGAGUGUCUUUUUUAUAUAAUCGUCGUGAAUUGGUUGUUAGUUUGAAAGUUUGUUGUUUACACAAUAAAAAUUGGCUUCGGAUGUAAUCUGUGUUUAGUUGUUACUUGAAAGAAUAUCUGAAAGCAAAAAACGAUAUUGUAGAAUCCCAAAUAUCUUUCCUCAGGAUUCUUUCUUAAUUCUAAAAUAUAUAUAUUGUUGCACAGAUAUAAAGUUAUAUGGAAUUUUAUAUAUAGCGGUAGUAAGAAAAUACAAUAAUACCCCAUAAGUUACUAUUUUUUUGUUGCAAUCCAACUCCUCAAAGUUAAAAUGUAACUCCACUGUCACAAACCUGGUAAUUUCGAGCAACUAAGACGAAUAACAACAAAAGAUGAACUACAAGAAAUCGAGAAAAAGCGACAAAAAUGGGAAAAAAGGAGGAAAACAUUCCUGGUGUGUUUUAAAGUGCUUCUAAUGCUUCACUCCGCCAAUUAUCAAAAUCUGGUGAUAUUGUAAGCAAUACAACCUUAUCGCUGGGGAAAUAUAUGGAAAUCUCAUUCAUCUCCGGGUCAUUCAAAUACGAAUGUAUGAGCUCCCCCCCGUACAUAUCUUAGAAUCAGUUUAAGAUGACCUCUUUCUUCUGUUUUGCAGAAAAUAUAAUUCUUUUAUAGGCUGCUCGAACGAACACAGCCUCUAAGCGCCUCGUGGUCAAAAUCAUAUUAAGGUGGAAAAAAGAAAGAGUUGGAUCGAUUAGCUGCAGAUGCUGGCUUAACCGCGAUCUCUUGCAUGAAACGGAAAUUCUGUACAAUGGCCACAUCACGUUAUCAACUCAGUUGAUGAACCAACUUAUCUUAAAAUAUUCACUGAUGGAUGCAAAAUUCCAUUAUAACGAAGAAGUGUCCUUUCUGGAUAGGAAUGUCAUUUCAAGAUUACCGUAUCAUUUAAUCGAUUGAACGACGCGGCGUUUAUUAAAUUCUUCGUGAUUCGAGUACGGCGUUUACUCGAGGACAGCUUUUAUUUAAAAUACAAACAAUUGCAUGGUAACUGACCAUUUCAAUUUUAAAAAACAGAAACAUGUUUUAAUGCUUGUCUAAAAAGUCGUUUUCUAUAUUGCUCUCAAUUUCACAAUUUGCAUGUUAAUACUACUACAAUACAUAAAGUGAAUAAAGAUCUUAUGUCGGAUAUGCUUUCUCGACAUCAGAACUGGUACACUCAAAAGAGUUUGUGUCUGUUUCACUCAAAAUUCAACUGCGAUGGAAGCAAUGACCGCUGUGUGCUUUAUGAGUCUAUUAUUCGAAUAAACGCCGCAUGAUGAUGCGGCGUUGAUUCGAGGGCGGCGUUUAUUAAUAUUUCUGCUCUAAAAUGCGGCUUUUAUUCAAGGGCGGCGUUUGUUCGAAUAAAUACGUUAAGCUAAUUACCAAAAGAUGAAAAGUUACUUAACCUGGAAGAUAUGAUUUUCAAAAUGCUUACACUCGGUAUGAACCCUUAAAAUUGUACACGUAGAUUCGGGAAAAGUUCCACGCGAAACUUUAAUUUGCUAAAACUUAUCUUUUUGUUGACAUCGCGUAGGCCUCCGAUACCUGGCCAUAGUUAAUUGCAAUUACGCUGGUAUCGAAACGAUAUUUUUUGUUCUAGCUAAUCCUUCAGGCUAAUUGUUCAAGUUGUUUUGAAGUUGCAGUUACAAAUUGUUGUAGCUUGUGUCAGUCUGGUAGUCCCCCUUAACAUAAACUCCACGUCAUGCCAGUUGUUUCGAACAAGCUUAGUACUAGAAGUAAUAUUCAACCUCAGCCGUUCUGCCAGAAAAAACCGUGGUAUCAUUUGUGAAUGAACAAUGGAACUUUUAAUUAGGUUGUUUACGAACUCUAUUUGUAAGCUUUUUAAACUAACUUUUAUAUUUUAGUAUUUGUUACGGGUACGGAUCACGUACUAAAGUACGACGCAACUUUUCCGUGCGCACGACCAUUGGUGUUUGACACUCGUGCAGGUUGAACCUUCGUUACAUCCAUUUGGUCUUCUGAAACACUAAAAGGUUUGACUUCACUAAUCCUUCGGAUUAGGUUCUUAACCCUGUGCACAAAGUUGUAAAGUUCUUUGUUCUGUGGUUUCCAAAACCAACAGUCUCAAACAAUCACGGUACGUUGCGAGGCAUUAUAUUUUCGGUACUUUAAGCGUCGCUUGUAGGAAAUGUAGUCCAGUUGCUGACCCUAGCCGAGAAUAAAAGUCAUAACAACCAUAGUUAGUAGAGGAGACUCCUCUACUAACUAUGUAACAACAUACCAUAAGUCUACGCUGUUGAAAAGUAAGACCACACUGUUGUGAAGUAACCUGCAACACUUUUCUGCCCUUAGAUUUUUGUGAAAGUUUUUAGUUUAGGCUAAUUUUGUGAAAUCCCGAGGAAGACCUGGAGACUUUCAUUUAAUAAACUUGGACCACAACGUUAGGAUAACUUUCUUCCUUAAUCUUUGUUUGGUAAUGAGGUGCAUUCGUGCAUGCAAUGACUUAUUAAUUGACGGCUCUCGAUGGGGUCCACAGCCAACUGUCAAAAAAUCGAAAAUUCACUGUUAAACCAUUAAACAAUAGCAUGUUAAAGUGGUAUCCCCGGGACUUUGUAGCCAGCGGUAAUAGUACGCUUUCAAUACACUUCUGAUUGAAAACAUACAGUAAGAACCUAUUUGAUUUCGCCAAAGGAAAAAGAAGUUUGCCCAAUUAGCAAUUUCUUUCAAUUUUUUAGUGGGCUUUAAACAAUCGACUGACAUGGACUAUGAAGAUGACAUCCGCUAAGGUUGUCGAAACGUCAGUCACUUUUACAGACAAUAAUCCUUCCAGGACUCCCUCGGACUAUGAUGCCACACAAACAGUUACUAAAGAUAAUUAUGCAAAUAAUAAUAAUAACAAUGAUAAUAAAUCAUUGUCUGUAAAUCUGUUUCUUUACUGAGCUCAAAACUACCAUUUUUCUAAUUCUAUUUACAGACAUGACGCCAACGACAUCGCUGAUCCUGGCAGUAUGCAAGACGCGUGUCAUGUAUGAACUUCGUAAUGGACCUCGCUCACCAUAGAGUCUCUGUGGGUCAGUGGUAGAGCAUCGGAGGUCUGAGGUUCGAUUCUUUGUCCCACGCUGGUGAUGACACGAAAAACAUAAUUCUCAAACAAUGAUAAUGUUUAUAAAUAACAAAUAAUAACGAUAACAAUAACAAUGAUAACAACUGAAAGGUAGAGGAACAACGACAACAACACGAACGGUUUAAAAACGUAUCUGGAAGAGGAAUUCAUUAAAAUGUUUGUCGGAUGUCUACGUCUAUUUGCGGAAUAUGUGUAACUGCACACUCGUUACGAUAGAAAUACAUAAAAAAAGUCCAAAUCAGGCUGAAAGAUUUAUCCGCUACUAGUAAAAGGGAAUUCGUCUAAUUGGCCGAGAUGCAUUUUCAUAUAACAAUGUAAUGUGAGAAGUACGGUUGACCGUUUUCAGUAAUUUUCCAAUGGUAGCGGAACAGGUUCUUGUCAAUCUUACCCGCCAGUACUCAAACAUUAAUCACAAAUAUAACAAAUACUGACCAAUCACUUGCUCAAUAGAAGAAAUCAAAACUAAGUGAUAUUUCCAAAACGCCAAAGUAAAUUUUGGUAUAAAAUGAAAUCACUCCGUAAACACAGCUGCCGGCAGAAAUGUAACCCGCAUUAGAAACGGAGGGAGAUUUAUUUGAGUCGUAUGCGAUCAGUGGGAACAAAAUGCUGCAAGCUGUUGAGGCUUUUUAGUUUGAACAUUUUAUGCGUCUCCAUGCAGCAUUAGAAAAGAGAUUCUAUUGAAUUUUACGAUGGAAUUAUACAAUACUGUACACGUUUUGUUCUUUUCUUUGAUGUUUUGUUUUCAUGCAGAGGUAAGUCAAACAGGCCUCGCCAUAAUUCUGGUGCUUUACAAACACUAGUUAAAUGCAUGACAACAAAUUUUCAUGACUUGAUUUUUAUUCUCAAUUUAAUUUCAGAACUAUAUCGCUGCUUUAUCGUUCCCCGGCAAAGGUAGGGAUAAAAAUCAGCAAACGAUUUAAAGACCUAUCACAAAAGUAAAAAAGGGGGCAAAAUAAUGCCAUUCAAUUUUGCGCGAAAAUUAUGUAAUCAAGGUGGCAUCAUGGUUAAGCAACGGGUUGUAGUCCUACAGAUCAUUAAUUUCCCAAGAAAUCACAUUACCGAACCUCAAUGUUCCACGAGAAAUGGUGUUAAGCUUUAAGGAAAAUUCUCCCCCUUUCUUGAGUAAACAAAUUUAAUUGCUAAAUGUUUGAUCAUGAAAAUGUCAUGAGCAGAUUGCUCCUUAUUCAUUAUCAUUCUUUAUGCGGCUAACCUUAUUUUUUGGAAAUAUUUUUAGUGUAAAACUUGAAAAUAAGAAAAGACGAGUAUCUUAUUCAUUCAUCUUUUUAUUCAACUUGAGAUUUUUGAGACAAUAAUGAAUCGCGAAACGAAACAAACACUUGGAAAAAGAAAAUAAGCUUUCGCUCCGUUAGUUAUGGGAAGAUUUUCAUCUUGCCAAGCUGACAUAUCGAUGUUGACAAGUUCAAUCUAAUGAGUUUAGAUUUCUUUCACAAAGUGAUUUCACUUCCGUCGUUUCGUUGUUUGGUUGAGUUCUAUUUCAUAUUUGAAACGAAAGAUCACGUUCAUAUCUAGUUCAUUAGUUUUGUUUGCCAAAUUUUUAUCGAAAUGGCAAUCGAGUCAUGUUCCUUUCCCAUACUUUUGUCAUUAUACAAUUAUUUACAAACAGAUGAUUUCUUGGUGGAGUGUCAACUUAGCUUAAAAGAUGUUUCUUUAGCAAAGAAUUGCAAUUACUAAAAGUAUUUUAAAACUCUUAGGAGCCCGUAAGUCAAGCCUGUGAUUUAGUUCUUAAGCCUGCUCAAAUAAAAUUUAAGAAAGUCGCAGUGUAAAGUGAUAUUUUUUUCCAUGUGUAUGUAAAAUAAGAUAGAGCCGUUUUUCUCAAGUUUUAAAAAUGUACCUCUCGUUGAAUUAGUUUAAAUGCAGUCAGAACUCGAUAUACCUUAAAAAGGCUCGUUCUACUUGUCUUGUUCCGAACAAGUCAUGUUCAUUUUUCCAUUAUUUUAUAGCUAAUUCUUUAUUAUUAUCAUAAAUAAAUCGGCUUUCCUCCAUUGAAGCUAUUUUAUGGCGGGUUUCUUCGAAUUGCUUUCUAUCAAGCAUCUGUGUCAAUAUCAUGUGCUCUCAUUUAAACAAUUUGUAUGUGUGUCAGUCGAGGUGGACUAACAGUAAGUCCUAGUAAAACAAACCUUGUUGACAAGAACAAAGAACUACAAGAUGUUAGUUUAUUCUGCUACUGAGUGGUUUAAAAAUAUACAAUCCCACUAUAGUUUAUUCUUAAGACACUUUGUACUCCUAUUGAAGCAAUAGACCACACUUUCUAAGGGUUUAACGACGUAAUAACUCACGCGGGAUGUCGGCAGGACGGUCAUAAAAGUUUGUUAACCACGACCCGGAGGAAAAUGAUUUACAAACUCGUCGGACCGGUUAUUUAAACAAAGUUUAGCCAUUGUUUGAAAAAAACGCGUUCUAAGCUAGCCAUCUUCAAUUUAGCCGAACUUUUUAUCGGAAAAUUUAUUUUUGUGAACAGUGUAAACAGAGAGCUAAUAGCGGAGGGAGAUUUAUUCAGUUAGAUCAACCUUCUUCUAGAGAAUCCUUGGGGCCCACUGCUUGCGUAAAACCGCGGUUUGGGUGAGACCUCGUGAAAAUAACGGGCCCUCUGAGUGUUCUCAAAGUGGGUUAUUAAGCCGGUAAAACGAAAGAAACUGCGUUCUAUCGCUUUAAUAGAAUAAGCAUAAAACAAAUGAAAAAUCUUUUUUUGUGUUUUUCUGCAUACUAUUCCGCAUUAACUGUGCAAAUAGCGGAUAAACAUUUAAAACACUGAAACACUUGCAUUGAUGAAUGUAUUCGGACUGUUACCCACACAAGUGUGAAGAAGACGUGUUGUCAUCCAAAAAAUCUCAUUUCAACCAUUUCACUCUCAAGAAGUUAAUGGUGUCCGCCCUUUAAUUCUUAUGAUGCUAGUUUUGAGAAUUUGGUAUUGGAUCAACUUACAAUUUCCUUAUUGUUAUUUUUCUUACUGAUAUAAUGAGGAUAAAAUUUUGUCUUGGUCACACAUGGGAGUUUUCAGGGUUAAAAAUCUACCUCUCAUCCUCAAACGUCUCACUUAUUUUUCUCUUGGUUCUAUUUUGUCGCAUUGUUUUUAGACCCUUGUGACAGUGGCUGGCUAAAUUAUCAGACCAUAUGCAUCAAAUAUUUCCCAGAGAAAAGGACCUGGAGUGAAGCCAGAGAAACAUGCCGUGACUAUGAAGGAGAUCUGGUGACUAUACACGAUAGAAAAAAACAGACGUUUGUUUACAAAAAUUUUGCUGUACACAGAACUCUAUGGAUCGGCCUUAUGAGAAAUGAAGAGUAUGUUACUUGAGUAGUACGUCGAUAAUAAAGAUAAUAAUCAUGAUAGUAGUCUUGAUAUUGAUGAUGGUGAUAGAGCAUAUUUCGAUUGAGUGUCGUAAAAUCUAUAUCAGAGAAAUCACAUCGACCAAUCAGAUGAGAAGAAAUAUCACAAUAUAUAGAGCCAAUGAGAACGAAAAGUGAAAAAAACAAAACAAAAACAAGAGAGAAAACGCGGGAAAGCGUGAGUGACAACUCGCGAUUUUUUUUUAGUUUUGAAUCUGAUUGGUUAAGAGAAUGGCGUGAGGUUUCUGGACCAAUCACUUGGAUAAGGAAAGAAAAAUCAAUGCAACAAAGCGUUAAUUUUAUUAAUAAAUUCAAAAUCACCCUAAUGAUAAUAACAGCAAUUAUACACGGAGAUAGAUUAAGGUAGAUAUGUACCUCUGCACACACAGAUAUUAUUGCAUCGCUUGAGGAACAUUUUGCUGAUAGGCUGAUAUUUUUGGUCUCAAAUUAUAUGACCUUGGUUCUGGAAUUUGUUAUCGUUGGAGGAGUCAGUGUUAUGACUAAAUUUUAUCUUGAGUAAAUCGAUGCGUUCCUCAUGAAACAAAACACUUAGUGAUUACAGAGAAAACUUCUAGUUUUUCAUUUUUUCUUCCGGUACAGUUUCCAUCAUAGCAUUUCUCUAAUAUUUAUUUGGUCAUUUUUUAAUAUCUUAUUCUUUUUUGUUUUGUUUUGUUUUUGUUUCUCAAAACUUCUCCUCAAGUAACGUGUUCCAGUGGGUUGAUGGCACAGAGCUUACAUUCACAAACUGGGUCACUAGAGCCCCCGACAAUUUGGAUGAGAAGUGUGGAGAAAUGACGAGUUAUUCCAGUUUUUACGGAAAAUGGAACGACAAUUGCUGCAGAAAACAACAAGCAUUUAUUUGCCAGACAGGUUGAGUAUUUCAUUAAUACCGACGUAUUUCAAAUUGCCUCAGCAGUGAGUGCUUUUUUUUUCAAGAAGUGAAAGUCGUAAAGGAUUGCUAGGUGUGUGUCCAUGAUUCACUCUGCAUCUUUGGCCACGUCUCACCUUUCUCGCGCUUUCCCACGCUUUCCCGCGCUUUGCCGCGCUUUCCCGCCCUUUCCCGCGCUUAAGAAUGGCCACUUGUCAAAGCCUCGAGAUCUGUUCGGAUAAUCACAUGGAAAACGUGAGUUUCCAAGAAUGUAUUGAUUUAGUUUCGCUUUUGAUAAGACUCGAGGCACGCUAUUGGUUUUUUUUCCUUUUUUUUGACUAGAGGAUCGUAAAACGAGUUUUAAGCCAAUGCAAUCCGGAAGUCCCAGAUUAGUGUCGUCACUCCAUUGAAAUUACUCUUACAUCUAAUUCAAAGUUAUCGUGGUUUUUGUUACAGAAAUAAGGUACAACACCAUCUUCAGACGGUUACCGGGAAAAGAACUUCUUGGUCACGCGAUAAGCCAUCUCAAAGUUAAGAGUGACGUUGAAUGCGUGUUGCGAUGCCAAAGACAUCCCGGAUGUAAAUCGAUAAACUAUGUUCGCAGUAAUUCAGAGUCAGACGAGCAAAGAACAUGCGAGUUAAAUGAACAAGUAAAUGGAGCUUUGUCGGAAACCCUUCAUGGAAAGGAGGAGUCUUGCCACUUUGUAGUCGUUUAA